CCUACACGUCAAUGCUUCCCCGCGAGAAACGCGACCGCGAGAGGAAAAGAGCGAAGCCGACCCACCGACCGCGAAUUCAUCCAUCCCCACCGUCUUUCCUCUCCUCCCCCACCCCCCGAAAAAUCGAUCGCUCGAUCCCCUUUCCUUAUCCCGUUCACCCGAUCCCCGAUUCCGACGGUUCUAGCGGGUCUCGAUUCCGUGCACCGCCCUUCGUCGUUCGCAGCUGGCGAUUCCUUUCCCGUGCGCUUAGUGUAGACCUCGCUUCUUUUUUUUUUUUUCUUUUUUCGAGAGAGAAAUGGACGAGUUCGGCGUCCUGACGGAGCGGUACGGCCUGAAGCCCCAGGGGAAGUCGGCCCCGAUGGCCGCCUCGAAGCGUCCCGACGGGAUCGGCGCCGCCCGGGGCCGGAGCUCCGGCGCUCCUGCCGCCGCCGCCGGUCGAUCCUCCUCCCGCGCGUCCGCGUCUUCCUGGAAUUCCGGCUCCGGCAACGGGGCUUUCGCCGAUGGCUUCGGCGAGUUCCUUCAAUCGAGCGGCGGUAGCAAGGCUCAAGGUUUCGGCAAUUUGGACGACUUCGGCGAUCUGUUCGGUGGAUCUAAGAAGCCCUCGAAGUCGCCGGCCGGUGAUAGCGGCGGCUUCGAUUACGACUCGCUUUUCAAUUCGGGCGCGGGGCCUUCGUCUAGCUACGAUAAUGACGAUAUAUUCGGCGGGAUGCCCGGCGUGAAGAGCUCGGCCUCUGUUGUCGGUGGCGGCAGUGGCGUUUUUGGUUCGUUUGCUUCUCCUCCAAGGCAGAGCUCUCCGGUCGACGAUUUAUUAGGUGGAUUUCAAAAUGAUGACCAUGACGACAUCUUUGGCGGCAUUGGCACGAAAUCGGGGAAGACCGAUAGUAGCGCAUCCGUGGCUGGGCAUGGUGCUGCGGAAUCUGAUGAUCUGAUACCUGGGUUUGGUGGAAGUAGCUCUCCAGCUGAUGGUCAGAGAAGGCAGCCCCAAAAAACCAAUGUUUAUUCAGCUGAGUCAAGCUCUAAUUUGUCAGAAGACCCUUUUGUAGUAUUAGAAUCGACUUCCAAGCCAGUGCAUGCCUCCUCGGAAAUCUUUUCGGAUCCAUUAGAAGAAAGCAGUCAGUUUGGUAAUUUCCAAAGGGCGAAUAAAGUUGGAGAUAAAGUGAAGAGCCCUAGUGUGUCAUCACUAGAUGAGCUUGAGGACUUUGCUAUGGGCCAGACACGGGGAAAUACUGACACACAGUCAGAUUUCUUUUCUGUUGGAAAGGGAUCUGGCCAGGCGUGGGGAAAUACUGAUACGCAGUCAGAUUUCCUUUCUGUUGGAAAGGGAUCUGGGGCUGGGAAAAAGGCUAGAGGCCCUGAUGUGUCUUCAAUAGAUGAGCUUGAGGAAUUUGCGAUGGGUAGGGUGCGAAGAAAUGUUGAUGUUCAGUCAGAUUUUCUUUCCGGUGGAAAGAGUUCUGUGUCUGGGAAAAAUGCUGGUGGAUAUAAAGAAGGUUCAAGGGAUGCAUUUGAAAAUAAGCACAAGGCUGCAGACGAUCUAGAAUCUUUCUUUAGUGUGGGUUCGCGGUCAAGCAGUGUACCUAAAUCUAGGUCAACAAGUUCGACAAAAAGCAAAGAAGCUUCCAAAACACCACCAAAGCCGACUUUUGAGGUCCGGUCCAGCAUGAAGAAGGCCUCAUCAGCAAUAAAUUUCAUGGAUGACUUUUCUUUAAUGUUUGGAGCUGCAUCAUUUGCUGGAGAAUUUGAGGAAAUUGAAGGGGAAAGCGAAGAAAGAAGAAGGGCAAGACUGGGUCGUCAUGAGAGAACCCAGGAACGAGUGGCAAAAGCAGUUGCUGAGAUGAACCAGCGGGACUCUCAAACUCAGCAGGAGCAAGAAGAGAGGCGUAGAAUUGCUGAGAAUCUUGAUAUGAAGAUAAAGAGCUGGGCUGCAGGGAAAGAAGGCAAUCUGCGUGCACUAUUAUCAUCAUUACAGCAAGUGCUUUGGCCUGAAUCUGGGUGGGAACCAGUUUCACUAACCGAUUUAAUAACUUCUACCUCAGUCAAGCAAGUAUACAGAAAGGCAACAUUACGUGUCCAUCCUGACAAGGUUCAACAGAAGGGGGCCAAUCUUCAGCAGAAGUACACUGCUGAAAAGGUGUUUGAUAUACUUAAGGAAGCAUGGAAAAAGUUUGAGACUGAAGAACUCCGAUAGUUUAUUGAGGUUGAAAUUGUAAAUUGCACGUCAGCAUUUUGUGGCAUUCACUUUUGCAAGCUGAGCUGCACCUGCCAUAUCUAUACUGCUUGAACUGAAGAUCUUCAUGCCGCAGGUUCUGUAUGGAAGGUAAAGUAGACGAUGGUGUAAAUUUGUUCGUUUGUUGACAUGGGUCUUGAGAGGUUCCGCGAGGUUCCGUCAUACUUGCCUCUCAAAUGUAGUUGACCCCAUACCAUUCCUGUGGAUAAUUAGCCUUCUACAUUCCUUUUCUGUGAUAUAUUUAUUUUGGUAUAUCAGCCGUAGCUCUUUUGCUUAAGGCAUGUUAUGUCAAAACAUGUGCUUCCAGAAUAAUGUUUCGUAUUUUGUCUUUGGCAUGUGUGACUCGCCGAUUUGGUGCCAACUCCUUGUUUCUGGGCUUGACUUUCUUUUGGUUCAUUGUAUCAUUGAUUUAUACAAGAAACGCUAUUGCCUCAGCCAUAUUGGCAGUGGCCACAGCUUUUGAAUAGAAGACGAAGAUGUGUUCUCGCUUUGUAU